AUUGCCCUGAAGAUGAGCAAGAAGCGACGCCACAAGGACGCCCAGCGCAUGGUGGAGGAGGUGACGUUACAGAUGACCCUGCAGGACCACCCCUACAUUGCACUUGCCUAUGGCGCCUUCACAGCCCCCUGUGGCAGACCCACGAGUGUUCAGGUGAGAGAUUCAGAUGUCUGUGGGUACCGCGUGCAUCAGCACUUAAUUAAACCUACAACGGGUACCUGCAAUGGCUACCUCUGA